UUUUAUUUGUUCUCUUAUCUCUCUUUUUCAUUGUUCAUCUAAGGUUCUCUUCCAGCGGGUUCUUAGCAUUCACGAUGAGGUCUGCAAUUUUUUACGCUCUGCUCGCCUCUUCUGCAGUUCAGGGCGCUGUUCUCAACCGGGAUGCCAAUGGCAAUUUAGCACGACGUGACGGUUUGUUGGAUCGUUUGGGUCAGGUGUUUAGCCACAGAGGAGAGGAGCGAGACGAGAAGGGAGGUGCCGUCAAUACCGUAAUCACCGCCGUUGCCGGAACUACUUCAGCUGCUCCGUCUUUGCUGCCGACGACAACUCUCGCCCCGGAGGCGACACUCUCCACGGCCUCUUCGCCAGCGCCAAUUCUUUCCCAGACAAUAGUUUCAAAGGCAACUUCCGCCCCCUCGGAGACGAUUGACGCUCAAGAGUCAUCGGCCACUACGCAAACGACCCCAAGGCCGAUUAUUGUCACUCUUCCUCUGCAAUCGACCACCCCCGCGGAAACAUCUGUACCUGUGGAAACGUCUGCCGCCCAGGAGACGACAACUUCUGCUCUGGAAUCGACUGCCUCUUCGCAAACAGUUGCGCCUCCAUCGACAAUUGCUGCUGAGCCAACUGUCCCUCCGGCAGUCGUCCCUCCACCUCCUCCGGCAACCACGGUUCCUGAGGCCCCUCCGGCCCAGACGUUCCCUCAGUUCGUUACCCUGAUUCCCGGAGCCCCUCCUGCUGGUGCUUCUCCUGCUCCGCCGGCGAACCCCGUGGUCCUCCCUCCCAUCUUUUCUGGCUUCAUUACCCUCAUCCCUGGAGCUCCUCCCGCUGGAGCCCCUCCGCCAGCAACGACUAUUGUUGGAACCCCCCCAGUCCAGACCUUUCCUGGGUUCGUGACACUGAUUCCGGGAGCUCCCCCGGCCGCCCCUCCUCCUCCGCCAGCGACCACGGAAGUGCCACCUCCCGCCGAGACUGUCCCUCCUCCCCCGCCUCCUCCCCCAGCAAGCACUGUUUCGGAGGUCCCUCCGACCGAGACCGUUCCUCCAGCUGAAAGUGCGACUUCGCCUCCGCCCCCGCCGCCUCCAGCAACGACGACUCCGGCAUCGACAACUCUUUCUGCGACCGAACCUCCCGCGACCAGCUCUACGGCUGCCCCUGUUACGAGUGCUUCGUCUCCGCCACCAGCUGCACCCCCUGCGGAAACCUCCACCACAGCUCAAAGUUCUACAGCCGUCGAGACUUCCACGGCUGCCGAGACUUCUACGUCUGUUGAGGUUUCUACGACUGCUGAAAGCUCGACUACAGCCCAGAGCUCUACGACCGUUGCGUCUGCACCAACCUCUUCUGCGACUACCGAUGCCGCGACGACAUCCUCUGCGACGGUGACGACUUCGCCCAAAUCCACCACAAAGCCUGCGUCAACCACCGCUGCCACGAGCACCUCAGCAGCAGCUUCUUCAGACUCGGCCGUCGCAUCCGAAGCGCCGACAACGGUUUCGCCUCCCGCAACUACAGCUCCUCCGGAAACUCCAGUAGUCCCUACUGCUGCGCCCGAGCCCGCUGCUCCAUCCGAGCCCGCCACCAGCCUCGUACUUGGGAACCUUGCUCCCAGCGCUCCUUCGGCAGACGGCCAGCCUGGUUUCUUCAUCCCUCCCGCAGCGCCCACCCUGCCUGUGGCUUUCUCCGCGCCGCCACCCGACCUUCAAGGAUAUCAGCUUAGCAGCGCAUUGAACUUGGGUGCCUUGGUCGGCAUACAAGCGGCCACGCCGACUAAGGUGUCUGCAGCUGCGGCACCUACCCUGGUCAUUGGGUAAGGAUUCUUCUAGACGUUGAGGAAAUUUGCGUAAGUUGUAAGGGGGCGAAGGAGAGGAGGUGUAAUGGAUGUAAAGGAGCAAGGGGGUUAGGAAGUUUGGACCACUUAGAGAGAGAUCGAGAUACCAUUUG